AUGUCUAUAUCAAGUAAUCUAUAUGUGGAUCUGAAUUUCCGUGCUAUUAAUUACUCGGCUGAAGUAUAUUUAAAUGGGCACAAGAAGGUCCUGCCAAAGGGAAUGUUUCGAAGACAUUCUCUUGACGUCACCGACAUUCUGCAUGCUGAUCAUCAAAAUUUGCUUGCAGUUCUUGUUCACCCUCCUGAUCAUCCUGGGAGGAUUCCUCCUGAGGGAGGCCAAGGCGGUGAUCAUGAGGUAUGUAUUUCCCUUAAACCCAACUAUUAUUUUCCCCUGUAUAUUUAG